AUGCUCGGUUUAAGGACUCCACCUGAACACAAGAGCUCUGUCAGGUCGGGUGUAUAUGGAUCUGGUUCCUGGGAAGCAGAAGCUGAAACAACAAGCCGAAGAAACAAUUACGAAUAUGAAAAUCAAUAUUCUUACGACUCAUAUCAAAAUAAUGGUAGGGCAUCGAACAAGCCAUACAUGAGCUCACUUGCCUCAAUGUAUGGUGACUAUAAUGAGAAUUUAGAAAGAAAAAGAAGAAUGCAAGAGCAACUUGCUGAAUCUUUAAGGCAACAAAUAGAAGAAAAGAAAGCUGCUCAAAAAUCUGCAUACGAAAGACAACCUAAAAUCCCUACUUAUUCUAAUCAACCGAUGCCAGAUUUGAAUACUCGCCAACAGAUACAACCUAUUCAACAACCUCUCCCACCUCAACCUGCUCCACAAGUAGUAUACGCUAGUCAACCUGUAAAUAGAGUUUCUUUCGCACCUCAAAUCGUUUUGACGCAAAAUGAGCCUCAAGCAAGAACAAUUUCAAGAGCGAUUCCUGUAGAGAAGUUUGUACCAUUAAGAGCUACAUUAAACAUUACACAGCCUCAUCAAAUUACAGUUCCUACCGAAUCUCCAUUUGACAGACAGAAAGUCGAGACUCCUCCAUUGGGAUUCUCAAUAAGACAUGCACAGCCUGUUAAAUCAUCUUUGGCGCAAACGAUGAAACCAAUUAACAGAGUUUUACCUUUAAAUCCUGGAAAGAAUCCAAUGUUUUACUCCGCAAAGCCAAAAUCAACAUUUGUACAAGAUGAUGAGUAUAAUGCAAAGCCAGAUUAUCCUGGACCUCCUACCGGAGGAGAUUUUUACCAAUUAAAGCCUCUUGAGUGCUAUAGUGACUUGAUUUACCCAGAUGGACACAUAAGUUCAAGAUAA